GGCACACAGCUGUGGUGGUCUCUUAUCGUUGUGCAGCUCUGAAAGCAUCAACAGCGUCCACGCCACAGGACUCGCUGAGGCCCUCGCCCAAGGCCUGUAUCAGUCACCGCAGACGCACCCUGCUGACAGGGUCCCCCCCCCCUCCCCACCCUCCCAGCUUAAAAGUCCUAGGAUUUGGCACUAAAAAGAGAAGAUGCAGAACCUAACUGUGGGAAUGACAGAAGGGAUAAAUCUGUCAUGUGGCAUGUCGGGGAAUCACGAGAUCAUCUUCACCCUGGUGCCCGUCGUGUACAGCUGCAACUUUGUCAUCGGCAUCAUCGGAAACAGCAUGGUGGUGGCCGUCAUCUACUGCUACAUGAAGCUCAAAACGGUGGCCAACAUUUUUGUUUUUAAUCUUGCUGUGUCUGACCUCACUUUUCUCAUCACUCUCCCAAUGUGGGUGACAUUCACUGCCACGGGGUAUCAUUGGCCCUUUGGGGGGUUUUUGUGUAAAACCAGUGCAGGACUGAUCAUUUUCAACCUCUACACCAGCAUCUUUUUCCUCACAGCGCUCAGCAUGGACCGUUACCUGGCCAUUGUGCACCCGGUGCAAUCACGGCGCUUUCGCACCGUGCUGUACGCACGCAUCACUUGUGUGCUGAUCUGGCUUUUCUCAUUAAUGCUCAGUGUGCCCACGGCCAUGACCAGGGAUGUCUACAACAUCAAAGACUCUGAAAAAACUGUGUGUGGGAUCCUGCACCCAUCAAAAGAGCACGUGGAAAAGCUGAAACUUCUCCUUCUGGCUAUCAACCUUAUGAAAAGCCUGCUGGGUUUUCUGAUACCGUUCAUCAUCAUCAUCACUUGUUACUGCCUGAUUGGGCGAGCGCUCUUGAGGUCGAAGCACAUCCAGAAGACGUCUCGUACCCGGGACGAUGAGGUGCUGCGCAUGCUUGCAGCAGCUGUCCUGGCCUUCUUCUUGUGCUGGGUGCCCCAUCAGGUGUUCCACUUCAUGCAGCUGCUCACUCAGCUCAUACCUGGGAAGCACUGCACCCUCGUGGAAAUCAUCGACACCGCCAUGCCCUUCACCAUUUGCAUCGCCUUCUUCAACAGCUGCGUCAACCCAAUCGUGUACAGCUUUGUGGGGAACAGCUAUCGCAAAAACUUGAUGCGUCUUCUGCGCUGCUCCUCAAGUAGAGGCACGAGGGCUCACCCAAGCAUCAGCUCCAAGAUGAGCGCCCUCUCCUUCCGUGCCACUGAAGCACUGAGCCUUACAGUCAAAAGUAACACUUCCUGUGAUGUUAAGUGA